AUGGUGACCACCGGCGGCCCACAGCAGCGGAAGAAAAAGAAGGGGGCGGGCCGCGGCUGCGGGGGAGCCAGCAGGAAGCGGCGGCGGAAAAAGCGGCCGCAGAUGCGGGCCGUGCUGCCGCCGCUGCCGCUGCCCGAGCACUUGGAGCAGGGCCGGCGGCGGAGGAGGCGCCGUAGGAUGCAGGGCAUCAAUAAGCUGAUCCUGCAGGCACUGUCGGCCCGCAAGCAGCCGGGCGGCGUGUCCCUGACCUCCCUGCGGGAGGCCCUGCUCUCCAGCGGCUACGACGUGGAGAAGAACAAGUCGCAGCUCCGCACGGCAGUCGGCGGCUUGGUCCGCAACGGCUCGUUGGUGCGGACCCGGGGCCGGGGGACCAGGGGUGGUGGGAGAGGGGAGGCAGGCGGCUGCCUGCGGCUCAGCCGGAGACAGAAGCAGCAGCUGAAGAAGCAGCAGCAAAGGCAGACGCGCACCAGGGCGAGAGGUCAGCGGGCGACCACCGCUGCCGCCGUCAAGGGGAGGAGGUCCCCGGCUGCGAGAGGCGGCAGCGGCCCCCGGCGGAAGAGGAAGUCGGGCAAGCCCACCGCCGCUACGACCACCACCCGGGCGAGGGUCAGGAAAGGAGCCGGGGAAAAGGCGACCACCGCCACCCACACAACGGUCACCUCCAGAAAAACUAGGACCAGGCGCAGAAAUUAA